AUGCCCUCUGCAAUAGUAACCGGUGCCACUGGCAUCCUGGGCCGUGAGAUUGUCUCAGAACUCAGCCAACACCGCCAACAAUGGCCGACCAUUCAUGCCCUUUCCCGCAGUAAGAAGGAAGACUAUUCCGACAACGUCAUCCACAAUCACAUUGACCUACAGUCCUCUCCUGAUGACAUGGCCAAUGACCUCAAAAGUGUACGCGGAGAGUACAUCUUCUUCGCCGCCUACCUGGCCCAAGACAAGGAAGACGACGCUUGGGAAGUCAACGGCCGCAUGCUGUCCAACUUCCUGUCCGCCCUUGAAAAGACGGGGGCAAUCUCAGAUGUCAAGCGAAUCAUUCUAGUAUGUGGCGCAAAGCAAUACGGUGUCCACUUGGGAAUGCCUAAACAGCCCAUGACAGAGGAUGCUCCCUGGCUCACUGAUACAUCCAAGUGGCCCCCAAACUUCUACUAUAACCAGCAAAAUAUCCUGCACGACUUCUGCAAGAAACAUUCCAAAGAAUGGGUUGCGACUUAUCCCAACGACGUCAUUGGAUUUGCAAUGGGAAACUUUAUGAAUCUUUCCACUGCCAUCGCUCUCUACGCCCUCGUAUCCAAGGAACUCUCCGGUAAUGAUGGCCUUACUUUCCCCGGUUCCCCUGCAUUUUACACAAAAUUCGAUUCCUUCACAUCAUCCAAACUCCAUGCUGAGUUCUGUAACUGGGCUGCUCUCGAGCCACGCGCUGCAAACCAGGCUUUCAACGUCGUCAACGGUGAUGUGGAGAGCUGGCAGAACCUUUGGCCUAAAGUCGUCGAGUAUUUUGGUGGCAGCGUCAAACGCAAUCAGUUCGAGGGUGCACAUAGUAGCGAUGGGGACAUGUGGAGUACCAUGGAUAUGGCGCCUGAACCUCCCAUUAGUGUGGUAGCAAACGAGAUUGGCAUUCAGGGAACGCCGGUACUGCAGAAGAGUGUUGUGGAGCAGCAAAUUGAUCUGGUCAAGUGGUCGCAACGUACUGAUGUCAAGAGUGCGUGGGAAAGCUUUGCCGAGCGCAAAGGCCUGGAUAAGGAGAUCUUCGACAAAGCGACUUGGGCUUUCCUGGGCUUCGUGUUGGGACGCAGUUUCGAUCUGGUGAUUAGUAUGAGUAAGGCGAGGGAGUGCGGUUGGACAGGGUAUAGGGAUACGUGGGCGAGUUUGAAAGAUGUGUUUGAGCAAAUGAAGGGAGCCGGUGUCUUGCCAAAAGCUUAG